AUUUCCUCUGACCAUCCCGUCAACUAAGUCACGACGAAGCAAUUGCAAUUGACCUCGCCAGGAUGAGGCCAACAGCUCGUGUGUUUGCACGCUACCUAGAGGCCGGUACUCCCACCGGUCUCACUGGUCUUUGGACUCAUGCCACGCCACGAUCGACCCUCCUCUACCUGUACGGCACAACCCUCAGCAAGCUCCAGAGCAUCCCCGAGACCUCCAUGUACCGUCAAUCCGUUGAGGCUGUCACCAAGCACCGCAUGUCCCUCGUCGAGCAGAUGAUUCCUCCAGGUUACAACGAGUGGGCGGUUCGCGCCAAGGAGCUCGUCAGCAAGAACUCCUCUCAGUUCCGAGUGGCCAGCGGCCGCGUUGACGGCAGCGAGGCUCACACUGUUAAGCUCGGCGACAAGAUCUUUGUGGUGGGCCGAAAGCACGAGGCGGGCGAUAUCCGAGUCGAGGAGUGGAAUGGCGAAGAGGAUGAAGGUCCUGAGUACGAGGGAAUUCGAACACAAAGGGAGCGAGAGGACCAGGUUACUUGGGCAGAGCGCAAGCCUCUUGAGGAUCAUGAGAAGAUUGAAUGGGAGGAUGAGCCUCAGAUGACUGCCGACCAGGUCCACGAGCUCGAGCAGAAGAUCGGAGCUGGCCUUAUCGAGGAAGUUAUUCAAGUCGCCGAGGGCGAGCUUAAGCUAGUUGAGACCAUGGAGAAGUCCAAGGUCUGGGAGGAUCUCGAGGAGAAGCCCGCCCCUGGUCAGUGGACUUACUUUGACCGAAUCUAAACAGAGCCAGCAGCAGAAGAUGAAGCAAUUGUAAAAGUAGAGGGGAUUUAUGUACAUAGGAUGAUUAUGCUGAGCUUUGUGAUUGGGUCAAUAGAAAUGAACCUAAGAGCUUUACUGAUGAACUGGGAUGUGAAGUCAUGGUAUUAACAUCUAACGGCAUUUUAACGUGCUUCGCCUUCACUAAGCUGAGGUGCAUUCAGUUUUCUUCCUGCUUGUUCAUCGCGUCAAGUUAGGUAUGAAGACAGUUGCAGCCGAAGUGUUUGUCUUUCUACAAUUCGAAUUAACGAUAUAAGCUACAUCAGUG